AUGGAGACAGCUCUGCAUCCCACUGGGCAUUUCCUCACAACUGGAGCAAUGGUCGACAGCCUUUGCAAAUCUCGAAGUUCAAUUCUCCACCAUCUCCGGGGCACUCAACCAGAAACUUUACGGGGUGGCCGCUGGGCAUGCAUACGGAUCCAUAAUGUGCCCUUGCCGACUGACCUAUGUUCACAGUUGCCUGGUGAUGGGCCCUGUGAUUCCCAAGGGAGAGAGCCGAUAGAAGAAGACAUCAUUUGCGAUAUUAGGACUUCACUAACAGAAGCCUCGAUCCGGCUUGACCCCGGGUACCACAUGCUUCAGAGGGCUCUUGCUCGUCCGGAUGCAGACAUUUGUAACAUCAGUCUCGUCCCGUCACCCCCAGGCCCUAGAGCCUACUUGGACGGCCAUUUGUCUUUCAAGGCCUGGUUAAAAGAUCCAGGCUCAAGUGUGCUUGCUGUGCGAUGGUAUCCAGGUUCUAGUCACAAAUACGUCGCAUCCCAUAUCAUGCACUCCUUGCGUUGCAUGUACCCAGGCUCAAACACGCUGUUCUUGAGCUUCAGUUUCCACCGCUGGGAUGCACGUCGGAACUCAGAACAAUGUCUAGUUUCUUCAGCGGUUCGGCAGCUUCUAAUCCUAAAGCCAGAACUCUUCAUCCGUGCUCGAUAUGUGGCCGAGGCAUACUCCAGGGGACCAAUGGUCUCGCCUCAGCGGCUCUGGGAUUUGUUUCACCAUCUUCUCAUAAUCCUACAACACACCCUCAUAUUCUUCGUGGUGGACUCAGUAGACGAGUGCGGUGAACAAAUUUCUGCGAAGCUCAGUAGCCUUGCAGCCUCUAGGUCAAUAUCGGUGCCACUGAAACUCAUCAUGACAACCUCUACUCCAUGUAACAGGACAUCCAACAUCGCUUUCCACGCAAUUUCACUCGAAGACGAUGGCUGGAGACGAGUCAUCCGUGAUAUAGCAGCAGAGAGAGUCUCAAGCAUUGCACGUGCGAGGCCUGUUUGGAAGGAACCUCAACAACUUAUUGUUGAGAAACUCUGUGGUGGACAAGAUAGCAUUGACCAUGAUGUCAUGUUAAACCUGGAACUCCUUGAGCAACGCCAUAUCCCUUCUACAAAACUUGCCUUGAAGCAGUUCUUGUCUACGCUCCCUACAACAGCAUUUAGCGCAACUGUCCGUGGGCUACAACUGGCACAGCAACGACGAGCCAAGCUGGCUAUCAACUGGAUCUUCUAUGCUUUGCGCCCACUCACCAUCUCGGAACUCGCGGUAGCUCUAGCGCUGGGAACUGAUGCCGAGGAUAAUGUUGGAGCUGCAGGAAAUCUGACAUUCAGCGAAGUUGCCGAGAACGUCUCUUGGGAUGUCAUGGGGGAUCUCGGCGAUUCCUUGAGUCUCGGUGUCAAAAUUGUCGAUGGCCAUAUUACGAUACCAAGUCAAACUUUUCGCAGUCAUCUUGAGACAUGCGUCGACACCCCUAUACCCGGUUUCCACGGAUAUAUAGCGGACCGAUGCAUCUCGUAUCUAUCACUCUGCUUGACGCAAGCGCGUGAAAUCUCGCUGUGCCGGGAAGGUGAUGCCUUGCACCCAGACUCUACCUGUGCCGCUCUGGCCUUGCGUGAGUACGCGCAAAUUUAUUGGGUAGAUCAUUACAAUCUUCAUAUGCCGACUAUUGGUGCUCUUGAUGACAAGGUGUUGCGUUACAUCUGCCUCUGCGCGGAUCAGAGCAACGAAACUUUUGUCUCGGCCGCUUAUGAGAAGACUUAUAGUCCAUCAACCGGACGGAGAGAAGAUGUCGUCAGCGACCCCCUUUUCUUGGCAGCGCAGAUUGGACUUGCCAGGGUUAUACGCAAUCUUGUUCAAGUUGACAAGCACAAGGCACCGGAAAAAAUAGAUCGAGCGAUUGAGAUUGCAGCGAGCCAUGGUAAUCUCAACGUUGUCCGUGAACUUCGGCCGAGUUCUCGGCCAGGCCGUUUGGCGCUCGCUGCCUGUGCAGCUGCAGAACAUGGACAUGUCGAGAUCCUUGAAUAUAUUUUAGAAACCACAGAUGUGUCGGAUAUUGAGCGUUUGACAUCACAACCGGGGGGCACAAAUCCAUUGCUGUUAUCAACCGCAAAUGGCCACACGUCAGUGACAGAGAUAUUACUAGCAAGAGGGUGCAACCUGAGGUCUGUCGAUGAAUCCGGCAACACGGCGGUACAUCUAGCCUCACGACUCGGGGAUGGCAAUACUCUCCAAGCCCUCCAAAGCGCCAGGCCAGACGAUUUCAAGUCAGCCAUAAACACCGCAAACUUGGAAGGGAUGUAUCCUCUACAACUGACUUGUGCAGCUGGAGUUGUAGACGCAUUUGCGCUUGUCCUAGGCGAAUCGCCUGAGGCUUUGGUUCAGCAACUCUAUAAGGCUUCCAGGAGUCCGAUCCACGUGGCGGCGCAACAAGGUCAACUCCCGAUUUUGCAGGAGCUCAUUCGCGCCCAGGGCAUCACUUUACGUACAGGAAGUGCCUUGCCCUCAUUAAUCUUUCUCGCUGCUGAGAAUGGCCACCUGUCCGUUGUUCGCUACCUGGUAGAGCAACUGCACCAGGGGCACAACACGGCCGCAUUGGAAGGGAGAAAGGAGAACAAGACGGAUACAAAAGAUCUGGAGAGGGUUCUGUGUACGGCCAUAAUCAACGGACAUGUCGGGCUUGUGGCGCUGCUCGCAACAGCAAUUGACGUCGAAUAUUUCCACCUCGGGCAGGCGGUUGAGAACAGCCGCCUGGAGGUCCUCAAGGCCCCCAUCCGUAACAGCCCAUCAGCAUUUCCCGAUAAUGAAUACGAUAAAUUGUUAGUCUGGGCUAUAUUCAGAAAUAAGGUGAAUACUGUUCGGCGUCUUAUUCGGCAUCUUACUAGGAAAGGAGUCAGUCCUCCAUGGGCCGAUGAUGAGAGAUCAAUCCAUCACGCGGCUCGUUGGGGCCGCGAAUCCUGCCUUCGUGCGAUACUUCGGAGGGCCAAUCAAGACAUCGUCGGUCGCAAGGACUCUGGGAGCACCCCUCUCGAUAUUGCCGCGGAGUCCAGCCAUCUCGAAGCGUUCAAGCUGUUGCUGGAAUGGGAGCAACCAGGGUCACGUCGGCUUUUUCGGACAUUAAGGCUGGCCAUCCAGGCUCCCAAGGGACAUGGGAAGCUCGACCUGGUUCGUUAUCUUCUCGAUAACGGAUGGUCAGCCUGUGCCGUUAAUAGGGACCGGGAAACACCACUCCACAUAGCUGUUCGGUGCCAGGGGGACGACCUCGACACGAUAAGACUCCUUCUCGACCGAGGUAGUGAUCCAGACGCCCGUGACAGAUGUGACAAGUCGCCGCUUCACACAGCUGCAUUCCAUGGCCACGCAAAAGCUGCUCGACUACUUCUUGCAGCCGGAGCCAACCCUAACCAGCGUAGUAUCGGACGCACUCCACUGCAUGAGGCAAUCAUGGAAGGGCACAAAGAGGUCGUUGGCGCCCUUGUUGGUCUUCAAGGCGAGCAGGAUGAUGAUGCCACCACAGAUACAGCCUACGAAGGGGCAGGCGUCGAGUUUGAAGGCUUGGGGGGUUCGAGGGUAAACGCUUGCGCCGUCAACAGCUCGUCGGUCACUACCGGUCCCGUGCUGAAGCCGAUGCCCAAAACCGACCUGGAGGCUGCAAUGACUGGCACAAGAAGAACCCCCCUCAUCAUGGCCGCCGAAAAAGGUGACGUUGAAGUUUGUACUCUUCUGCUCACUGCUGGCGCCAAUCCAAACGCCGGCGGCGGCGACUAUGGCUUGCCACUCCACACUGCCUUGUGGAAAGGGAAUGAGAAGCUGGUCAAGCUUCUCAUGAAAUAUAAAGCCGAUCCCAACGGCAUGAGUCGUCCUUUUGGUACACCGCUGCAUGUCGUCUGUGGUGGUUCAGAAGAUGCCAAGUCACAACGACUUGGUCUCGUUGAGCUUCUCCUCGGACAAGACGUGAAAAUCGAUGCACAAGAUUACGAGGGUCGGACUCCGAUUAUGAUUGCCAAUAUUUAUAAACAGGAGAGCAUCAUCGAUUCGCUUUUACGUUCGGGGGCUAAUCUCGAUAUAGUUGACUGCCUGGGAUCCUCGGCUCUGCAUCUUGCCGUCAGGGUUAGCUCGGACAAAAUUAUCCAACGGUUGCUAGAGGCUGGUGCUAAUGCAGACAUCAAUGACAAAUGUGGCCGAGGUUUGCUAUAUCUUGCAUUCCUCUGCGGCCGGACACAGUUAAUGGAUACGUUGUUGACCGCCUUGCCCGAGGACCGCAGAGCCGCGCACAUAUCUGCAGCUAUGCCGGCCUUAUUCAAGUUGGACCAGGGCAUUGAACCCUUUGAUGGCGUCUUUGCCGAGACCGAGAACCAAGGCAUUAACCUCAACGUCCCAGAUCGGUGUGGCUGGACGAGCCUGGACCUUGCGAGAAGUUACGAAUUGCCAAGUGCAGAGAUUGAGCGACUGCAACAAUUAGGAUGUACCGAGGGCAUCACGAAGCGGGAACCGACCAGACUAUCCCCCUAUGAUAGGAGCGACGCUAUUACUGUCUCGGAAGGUGGAAUGCGUGCUCAGGUAAAAGCUACAGAAGACUAUCCGUCACCACUCGACGAGAAAAUCUUGGGCACCGUCCGAGCCGACUAUUGUGUUCCAAUUGACAAGGGUAUCUUCUAUUUUGAGGUUGAAGUCCUUGAGUGUGGCCCAGGAAACACAAUUGCCAUCGGCCUAGCUGCGGAAAGCUGCCCAAUGAACACGAUGGUGGGCUGGGGGUCUAGCUGGGGCUACCACAGCGACGACGGCGUCUUCCUAAGAAAAAGCCAUCCCGUAGGUGCCGGUCAGAAAUAUCGUCUUGGUGAGACCGUGGGUGUAGUGUACGACCCAACUCGGAAGCGGCUUUGGUUUACGCUAGAUGGAAAAAAAUCUGGUGAGGCCUUGGAAAACGUAACCGGACAACUAUUCCCGGCAAUCUCGCUGUUCACAAGUACAGAACCGGAAAGCGCUGGCUCGGCCGAGGUAAGCGUUACGUUUCCAUCUGGACUUCGGGAUGCUGCUCCAUUCAAGUACAAAACUCAAAGUCUGCGAAGCAUCUCACCUAGCACAGAGCUUUAA